AUGGAAGAUAUCAACCUCCAUUAUCGCUUUUUGAACUUGAGAAGGCGAAUACGAGAAAUUCGUGAAGUACGACCACUACGCUACCGGGACCGCAUGAAAAGAAUGCUAAGGGAUGGUGAUGUGCUCAGGUACCAUGGUAACUCCGAUGAAGUGGGCUGUUUUGUGGCUGCUAGGCCAUUGACAAAGAGAAAUCGCUAUUUUGAGGUCACAAUUGUCGAUACAGGAGUGAGAGGGAUGAUUGCUGUCGGUUUAGUGCCUCAACUUUACAAGCUGGACCAUCAACCGGGCUGGCUCCCAAAUUCUGUGGCUUUUCAUGCAGAUGAUGGCAAGCUCUACAAUGGCAACACUGUAGGACAACAAUUUGGCCCAAAAUGCUGCAGAGGGGACCGAAUCGGCUGUGGAAUAUCCCUGGAGUCUGAUGAUGGACAGUUGAUUGUGUUUUUCACCAAGAAUGGAAAAGAAGUUGGCAGCUUGGAAAUGCCAGCAGAUGAAGCUCUCUACCCUGCUGUCGGAAUGCAUUCGCUGGGGGAGGAAGUGUUGCUGGACCUGAAUGCUGAAUGGAGGAUGGAGGAGGAUGAGGGACUGAUGAUAGUAGAUAGCCAUGAAGAUGACUGGGGCCGCCUCCAUGACGUGCGAGUGUCUGGCACUCUGCUGGAGUACAUGGGCAAAGGAAAGAGCAUUGUUGACGUGGGCUUGGCUCAGGCCCUUCGGCCACUCAACACUCGCUUCCACUACUACGAGCUGGAGAUCACAGAUGCUGGGGAGAAGUGUUACAUCGCCCUAGGUUUGGCGCGCAAGGAUUACCCGAAGAACAGACAUCCAGGUUGGAGCAGAGGGUCCAUCGCUUACCAUGCAGAUGACGGAAAGUUGUUCCAGGGCAGCGGCGUCGGCGACGCCUUCGGACCACGUUGCUUCGAAGGCGACCUGAUGGGUUGCGGCAUCAUGUUUCCACGUGACUUCUGCCAUGAGGGCGUAGGCGAGUUGGACGACUGGGACCCGGAAGCUUGUUCGCAGCCCGCUGAUGUUCAGAACGACUUAUACAAGGACUUAUACAACAACGAGGAUGACGAUGAUGAAGGGGAAGACUUGGAGGGAGCCAAGGUCACGGUGUUCUUCACCCGGAACAGAAAGGUGGUGGGGCGCAGGGAAGUGGCGUUACCGACGGGCGGCUUCUACCCCACUAUCGGCAUGAUGAGCGCAGGGGAGAAGGUGAAAGUGGACCUGCACCCUCUCAGUGGGUGA